UCAUGAAAUCCUGAGUCCCGACGCCCUACCCUCUCCUAUCUCCCUAUAGCUCUCCACAAGCUGCAACUCUCCACAAAGCUCGACGACUGUCUCUGCUCUCUCGCGAAGCUCCGACGACCUUCUCUGCUCUCUUGCGAAGGUCGAUGUUCUCUGCUCUCUCUCUCUCUCUGUCUCUCGUCAAGCAAUGGAGAGUUGCAGCAACAAGUAUGAUCGUCAAGCUCAGGAUUGCAUUGGUGCUAUUGAUCACACUCAUAUUAGCACCAUAGUACCCAGAUCAGAGCAAACCCGAUACAGAAAUCGAAAGGCAUUAAUCACACAAAAUGUUAUGUGUGCCGUUCGACAUGCGUUUCACAUUUGUGUACGCGGGCUGGGAAGGUAGUGCACAUGAUGCUCGGGUUUUUGAAGAGGUGAGAUCAAAUGUUAUCUUAGGUUUUCCUCAUCCUCCUCCAGGUUACGCAAGUCAACUUGGGUAUUUGACACCCUUUCGAGGAGAAAUGUAUCACCUACCAGAUUUUAGUGGGGAGAGAAGGGGUGCAAGAACGCCGAAGGAGUUGUUCAACCACAGACAUUCCUCCUUACUGAAUGUUAUUGAAAGAACCUUUGGUGUAUUGAAAAAUAAAUUCCAAAUCUUACAAAAAAUGAAGGGUUACCGUAUCGAGGACCAAGUCAGCAUCGUAGUUGCAUGUUGUGGGCUUCACAACUACAUCAAAAAACAAGGUAUUAAAGAUGAUCUUUUUGAUGAAUAUGGCUGUGAACAGAAUGUAAUUGAUCAACUAAAUCCUCCUAAUCAUCAAGACUUCAUUGCUCCAACUACAAGCACAAGUCAGAGAGGAGCAAGACAGAUGUCAAUGUUGAGGAUAAAUAUAGCAAAUCAAAUGGCUAUAUCGAAGGGAAUGCCUAUGAUUCCAAUUGAUGGACCUUGAUGUUUUGAUUUUAAUGACUUUAUGUCAGUUACUACCAUUAAUGAUUUUAUGUUAGUUGUUAGAGUAUAUGUUACGUAAUAGAAAACUCUAUGUUCUAUUUACUUAUGUGACAUUUAAAAAGAUAUUCCCUAUUGAAUCUCUA